UGACCAAGCCAACCCAACGCGCAUGCACUGGCGGGUUGAUUUAACCGGCGUGCACCGCGGGUCGGACUUGUCAGAGCUGCCGGACGCGCGCAACAGAUGCGCACCGGGGAAUAAGCCGUUAAUACCCCGAAGACUGCGAGGAGAAAGCCGCCCCGUCCUCACGCAACUCCUCAAAUCCGCGCGCGGCGCCGUCUCUGUGGAGGUAGCAGAAGAAGAACAAGGACCGUGCGCUUUUUCUUUUUCCCUUUUCAAUGAUUUAGGAACGUUUUUACGCGCCGGCAAGUUCUCUUCCGGUCUUGCGACGCGGUGGGCCCGGACGUGCCAACCGAAAGGCGUCGCGGGGGAAGCGUCGACUCGGACGCGCGUGGAAUGACGGCAGCGGUCGUUGCGAGGCAAGAUGCCGCCCAAGAAAAAGGGAGAGCGUCACGACUCGGACGCGGCUGAGGAGAGAAACGCCCAAGUUCAGUUGGAGAAAGCAAAGUACCGGCCUGUGGCCUUCGCCGUACGCUGCAACUUCUCCUACACGCCAGCGGAUGACGACAACGUGCCGGUGCCGGGCCACGCCAUCACUUUUGAGGCCCGGGAUUUCCUCCACAUCAAAGAGAAAUUUAACAACGAAUGGUGGAUCGGCCGGCCUGUGAAGGAGGACGGUGCGGUGGGCUUUAUCCCCAGUCCGGUCAACCUGGAGACCAUCCUGAUCAGGAGAGAAGUCCAGGCCAGGAAGGCGGCCAAGGCCUUAGCCAACAAAGCAUCAUCACAAAUGGCUCACGAUAUGAACUCAAAGAAAUACACGCCUCCGUCGCAAGCCAACCAGCAGGUGAAAAAGAAGCCGGGGGAGCAGGUGUCCAUGUACGACGUGGUGCCGACCAUGCGUCCUGUGGUUCUCAUGGGACCGUCGCUGAAGGGCUUAGAGGUGACAGACAUGAUGCAAAAAGCCCUGUUUGACUUUUUGAAACAUCGAUUCGAAGGCAGAAUCACAAUCACGCGGGUGACGGCGGACAUUUCUCUGGCUAAGCGCUCCAUACUUAACAACCCGGGGAAAAAAGCCUUAAUUGACCGCACCAACACCCGUUCCAAUUUAGAUGCCGCUGCCCAGAUCCAGGGGGAGGUAGAACGCAUCUUUGAACUGGCCCGCAGUUUACAGCUGGUGGUGCUGGAUGCGGACACCGUCAACCACCCUUUGCAGGUGUCCAAGACCUCCCUGGCGCCCAUCCUCGUCUACGUCAAGAUUUCCUCUCCGAAGGUGUUGACCAGGCUGAUCAAGACCAGGGGAAAGUCUCAAACCAAACACCUCAACGUUCAACUGGUAGCUGCAGACAAGCUUGCCCAGUGUCCGCCGGAAAUGUUCGACGUCAUCUUGGACGAGAAUCAGCUGAUGGACGCCUGCGAGCACAUCGCCGACUAUCUGGAGUCGUACUGGAGGGCCACACAUCCGCCGGAAAUGGAGCCCGCCAACGAUCUGGUGGCGAGGCUUGCCGAGAGCACGCUGCCCAUCGGUCCCACCGUCGUACCGGUCGGUUAUACUUGAGGGCGCGCGUGCCCGUGUGGUGUCAUUUCGUCUCAUAACGUAUCCCGCCCAUUCUCGAUCUGACACAUUGUACUAUAAAUAUAGUCGAAGUGCUUCGAUAUUCAUGGA